AUGUCGGAAGAAGUAAACGGCGAAACAUUUGCAUUCCAGGCGGAAAUUGCUCAGUUGAUGAGCCUUAUCAUCAAUACCUUCUACAGCAAUAAAGAAAUCUUCCUGCGUGAGUUAAUUUCUAACUCUUCGGAUGCACUUGACAAAAUACGCUACCAGGCGCUCACUGAACCAGCUGAGUUGGAGACUGGAAAAGAGUUGUUUAUCAAGAUCACUCCUAACAAGGCUGACAAGACUCUCACGAUUCUUGACACCGGUAUUGGCAUGACAAAAGCAGAUCUUGUUAACAAUUUGGGUACAAUUGCCAAAUCUGGAACUAAGGCAUUUAUGGAAGCCCUUCAGGCUGGUGCUGAUAUAUCUAUGAUCGGGCAAUUUGGCGUGGGCUUUUACUCAGCUUUCUUGGUUGCAGAUAAGGUCGUUGUUGCCUCCAAACACAAUGAUGAUGAUUGUUAUCAGUGGGAGUCUUCGGCGGGAGGUUCGUUCAUCAUCAGACAAGUCAAUGAUCCUGAACUUACACGUGGUACUAAAAUCACUCUUUACAUCAAGGAAGAUCAGACAGAUUAUCUGGAGGAGCGUCGUAUUAAGGAGAUUGUUAAAAAACACUCUCAGUUUAUUGGUUAUCCAAUAAAGCUUACUGUUGAGAAGGAACGUGACAAGGAGGUAUCUGAUGAUGAAGCAGAAGAAGAAAAGAAAGACGAGGAUAAGGAAAAGAAAGAAGGGGAGAUAGAAGAUGUAGGAGAAGAUGAAGAAGAAGACAAAGAUAAAAACAAAAAGAAAAAGAAGAAGAUCAAGGAAAAAUAUCACGAAGAUGAGGAGCUUAACAAGACAAAGCCUAUUUGGACUCGUAAUCCGGACGACAUUAGCAAUGAUGAGUAUGCAGAGUUCUAUAAGUCUUUAUCAAAUGAUUGGGAGGAUCAUCUUGCAGUCAAACAUUUCUCAGUCGAAGGUCAACUUGAGUUCCGUGCUCUGCUUUUCGUACCGCAACGUGCUCCAUUUGACCUAUUUGAGAUGAAGAAGACCAAAAAUGCUAUUAAGCUCUACGUACGACGAGUGUUCAUAAUGGAAAACUGCGACGAAUUAAUGCCAGAUUACUUGAACUUUAUCAAGGGUGUCGUUGAUAGCGAAGAUCUACCUCUGAACAUUUCUCGCGAGAUGUUGCAGCAGUCCAAGAUCCUCAAAGUCAUUCGUAAAAAUCUUGUCAAGAAAUGUUUGGAACUUUUUGAUGAGAUCGCAGAAGAUAAAGAUAAUUUCAAGAAGUUCUAUGAGCAGUUUUCGAAAAAUAUCAAGCUUGGUAUUCAUGAAGAUUCUACGAAUCGAAAGAAGUUGUCUGAGUUUCUACGCUUCAAUACUUCAGCAUCUAGUGAGGAAAUGACGUCGUUGAAGGACUAUGUCAGCCGCAUGAAGGAAAAUCAAAAACAAAUAUACUUUAUCACUGGCGAAUCUAAGGAGGCUGUUGCGAGCUCAGCAUUUGUUGAGCGAGUAAAGAGACGGGGUUUCGAGGUAGUGUACAUGACUGAUCCAAUCGAUGAAUAUUGUGUGCAACAACUAAAGGAAUAUGAUGGUAAAAAAUUAGUUUCUGUCACGAAAGAAGGUCUUGAACUUCCUGAAAGUGAGGAGGAGAAAAAGAAGUUCGAAGAGGAUAAGGUCAAGUAUGAGAAUUUGUGCAAAGUCAUGAAGGAUAUUUUGGAGAAAAAGGUUGAGAAAGUGGCCAUCUCUAAUCGCUUAGUUUCUUCUCCUUGUUGCAUUGUAACAUCUGAAUAUGGGUGGUCUGCAAAUAUGGAGAGAAUAAUGAAAGCACAAGCACUGAGGGACGCUUCAACAAUGGGAUACAUGACUGCCAAGAAGCACUUGGAAAUAAACCCGGACCAUUCUGUUAUAAAGGCUUUGCGCGAGCGUGUCGAGGCGGAUAAAAAUGAUAAGACAGUCAAAGACUUGGUAGUGCUGCUCUUUGAGACUGCUCUGUUAUCAUCUGGUUUCUCACUUGAAGAUCCACAGUUGCACUCAUCUAGGAUUUAUCGUAUGGUCAAACUUGGUCUUGACAUUGCGGAUGAUGAGGAGGAGUUAGUUGCAUCGGUUUCUGGUGAGAAAGAUGAACCCGUACCAAACCUAGUAGGAGCAGAAGAAGAUGCGUCGCGAAUGGAAGAAGUUGAUUAG